GACGGUGACGUCGCCCAAUUCAAGCGAUAGGCAAGCCCGGACACACACCGGCAGGCGAUGUGUGGCGUUACUUAUCCGAUACAGGCAACCGGCGGGGACCCAGAAAAACUGCUGACCCGGGGACGGUGGAAGACCAAGCCGUAGACCACACCGGCAAGGAGCCGGGACGAUUCCACGCGCGCCGUACUGCUUUUUAGAGCUGUUUUUGUUCCUCAUAGGAGCAUCACCGGGCUACCUGUCAGAGCAGCCCGUCACUGAGGUUAUCGCAGCAGAUUUCAGGACACCACAAUGACUCUUGAGGAUGAACUGACCUCAGCCGCAGCGAAGGGAAACACGGCAGAUGUGAGGGCUCUUCUGGAGAAAGGCGCUCAAGUGAACGGGAAUAACCGUUUUGGACAAAGCGCUCUGCAGGUAAUGAUGAUGGGGAGCACGUCGGUGGCGCAGUUGUUACUGGAUCAUGGAGCGGACCCCAACGUGGCGGACAACAGCACAGGGACAACCCCGCUGCACGACGCCGCUAGGGAGGGCUUUCUGGACACUGUACGCCUAUUAGAGCGACACCAUGCUGACCCACAGGCCAAGGACAAGCUCAACCGUCUGCCUAUCGAUUUGGCCAGACUGCGCGGUCAUGGAGAUGUUGUUAAUUUCCUGGAGAGUCUGCAAAAUGGGUAUAAUCCCUGACUGUGAUAUAUAUUUUUUACUCCUUGCUGCUGGUUCUGAAGGGGGACUUUGCGGAACAGGGGCCUAAGAGAGGCCUGAAGCCGAAAUUACACAUUGAAACUUUUGCUGUAAAAUUUAAGAUGAUUUUUAUUUAUGUCUUUUUUUUUUAUCUUCAGUGUGUAUCAUUAUUUUAUUUCUAACGAAAUCAGGGUUGUCAAUGGGCCGGUCCGUAAAAAUAUAGACUACAAAUCGCCACACUUGUUGGUGUUAAAGGAUAAGCUUUACAUGUUUUCAUGCAGUUUUAAUUUGUAUCAGAGACAACCUGGUUUCUCUUUUUAAGAAACUUUCAUGUAAUUAUAAUGUACAGUUUUACCCAGAUAUUGGUGCUGUUUUAUUUGCUAAAAUCUCAAUAUUAUCGCGUCUUUCCGUGUCAGAUAUUUAACUAAAUACUGUAAUACAAAAUACUUUUGUUUUGCACAUUUGGACAUACGUGUUUAGCGGGAUUUAUGUGAACAUUUUAUCCAGGAUGCGCACUACUGAGUCCUAUUAUCUGGCAAUACAAAUCAAGGUUAUUAUGCACUUUGAUAAACUGAAACACUGGUUUGUGAAGGCUGGGCUGCUGUAGGAUGCGUACUGGAGAAAUAAAAAAAAAUACAUGAAAAUCAAUCAAAUACGUGACUUGUUAGUUUAACGGCUUUUGGAUAAUUUAAACUUUCCUAAAGUUGGGGUAGGAUUAAAUGUUUAUACUUCAUCCCAAUCCUUUUCGAGCAUGUGAACUGAGCGGUAUAGCGUUGCUGGAGGGAACUCGCUGUCCAUUUUCGUUGUUUACCUGUUUACGAUGCAUCUUUAUUGCUUAUUUUGCUUAUCUUUAUUUACAUGUUCGAAAUAAAGCAGACGGUUUUGCAGAAUGCACACAACACGAUAGGGAUUAUAAUACCGGUAUUUGUGGCCUGAGGUAACUGCAAACAUUUAUUCAGUGAAGAACGUUUAUCGAGCUUGCCUAAAGGUGCUUUAGUCGUGUUUGUGCAGUAUAGUCGUAUAAUUACCUGGAGUAUAAUAUUCACAUUACCA